CAGAUAAAACUUGGAAUCCUACUUUCUGUUACCAGGUUGUAUCGCAGACACGCACGUGAAGCAAUGAACGUGGGCGUUGCUCACAGCGAGGUGAAUCCCAACACCCGGGUCAUGAACAGCCGGGGCAUCUGGCUGGCCUACCUGCUUCUGGUCGUUGUCCUACACGUGGUUCUGCUUAGCAUUCCCUUCCUGAGUGUGGGCCUGGUCUGGACACUAACCAAUGUCAUCCACAACAUGGUGAUGUACCUGUUCCUGCACACGGUGAAGGGCACCCCUUUUGAGACUCCCGACCAGGGCAAGGCACGCCUGCUUACACACUGGGAGCAGAUGGACUACGGCAUUCAGUUCACUUCCUCUCGCAAGUUCCUCACCAUUUCUCCUAUUGUGCUGUACAUCCUGGCCAGUUUCUACACCAAGUACGAUGUCACGCACUUCUUCAUUAACACAUGCUCUCUCCUUAGUGUGCUCCUGCCCAAACUCCCACAGUUCCAUGGGGUACGUAUAUUUGGAAUUAACAAAUAUUGAAUCAAAACAGCAGUCAUUUUUUUGUAGACAUGCUGCUAAUAAGGCCUGUAGCGCUUUACCACCGCACCAGGUGCCGUACUUUCACUACGGUACUUUCCCUUUUCCAUUGACUUCCAGUCGAGUACCCGUAUCAAUCAAAGGUUCCAGUACCUAAUGUGCCAAACCAACUGGGGUACUUAUUUGGUACUUCGAGGUGGGACUUGAAACGCUUUCUUUGUCGAUUGGUUAUGCAAAUAGCCUGCUUCUGAAACCGCCAUCUUGAAGAAAGUUGCAAACUCAGAAAACAACAAUAAAUUAAGUAAAAAAAAAAAAAAUAUAUAUAUAUAUAAAUAAUUUGAUAUGAUAAAUAAUAUGAAGUGAUCGAAGCUUAAAUUGUGAUUUGGUAGGAAGAGCAGAUUCAAUAAGGAUGGCAUGACAAGAAAUAUAGUAUUUUGCAUAAUAUAACUACUAGGACCGCAAAAUGAUUUUGUUAUAAUAAAUAUUUAGGAAUUUAUAAAGUAAAAAUGUUCAAUAUAAAUUUCUCACAAAUCCAUCUGGGUGUGAUUUAAACAGCAAGGAUGAAAAUGAUGAUUGGCUCUGAAUAGCAUGCAGCGCUCAUGCAAAAGCAGUGGAAGUACAUUUGAAACUGAUUUAUACAUAUCUGUUAGAUCAUUCUGAAAAGGAAUAAUCAUUACACUUUCAAAAGUUUUUUUUUCCUAUGACAGAGUAAAAAUGUUUUAGUGAAGCUUGAACUCUCUGCACUAUAAUAUCUGUACAGUAUUGAAGGUAAGAAAAAGCCUGAUCUCAGUCUAGCUGACUAGCGAUGUUGGAAUUAUUAUACAAUAAAUCCGAAUUCCGUACAAAAUACUCACGUUGUGAUGUCAUUCAGCGCCAGUACCAGUUUUUUUGCCAGUGGAAAACCAAUACCUCGAAGUACUGUACUUUUGGUACGUUCUUGAAGUACCAAAAGUACGGUGCCCAGUGCGGUGGAAUAAUGCCCUUAGGUCAGCUGGGGUGAGAUGUAUGUUGGGAGGCAUGUGGAGUUUGGGUUCUGCGAUGGAGAGAUUGUUUUUAUGAGCUCCAUGUCUUUGCACUGCAAAUGCUUUGGACCACUGGAUUAGCUACACAUUCGGGAACUGGGUAGCUAGUUGAUGAAACACUAAAACAGGGCUGUUUUUUUCUGUCUUCCUUUGUGUUUUUCCUCAUUUUCCCCUUUGUUUAAUUUGGUAUAAAUGUACACAUGUGCGUUCAGGAAAAACACAUCUGGUUUAUUUUAAAAUUCAUUUCACUGGCCUGUCGAUUCAUAUAAAAUACUUGAAAUGUACUGAAGUUCCUCUGUGUCUACUGCUAAAUUUAGGGUGGUUUAUUUGCUAUCAAACGUUUGCCUGACUGAGGUCAUGAACGUGUGCAUCUUUAUCCAGUAGAAAAUAAAACUGUUGAUUCUACAAAGAGAGUACUUAGGAAUGGAUGGAAAAUAACGUAUUUCAAUAUUGCUGAGGAGAUAUUGGUGGCCAUUCUGUGUCUAAUCAAAAUUGUGCCUUUUGUACAGUUGUGUCUGUAUUUAUUUAUUUAUUUUUUAAUUUUAUUUUUCUCAAUUCAGUGUCCCUGCAUUGCCUUUUUACUGUCUGGUGUUCUGCUGUUUAAAAAAAAAUCCUUGUUGGAUGAGAAACCCACCCCCCUUUUUAUUUUACAUUUGUAUGCCUUUGGUCUCUCUGACUGACUGGUGAAACUGGAGAGAAGCAUGACACUUCCUAAUCUGGAACUUCGAAAUCUGGUCUUUGAUGACGCUUCCUAAUCUGGAACUUUGAAAUCUGGUCUUUGAUGACGCUUCCUAAUCUGGAACUUCGAAAUCUGGUCUUUGAUGACGCUUCCUAAUCUGGAACUUCGAAAUCUGGUCUUUGAUGACGCUUCCUAAUCUGGAACUUCGAAAUCUGGUCUUUGAUGACACUUCCUAAUCUGGAACUUUGAAAUCUGGUCUUUGGGCCUCCCAGUCAGUCUGUCUUUAUCAAGGGCUUGAUAGACGCAGAAAAUGAAUUGUGCAGGUGGCAAGGAAAAACAAAAAUGGUGGUUAGACUGGGUUAAAGACCAAUGUCCCACAUAUCUUUGGCCCAUGUCAAGUUGUUAUUACUUAUAAUACUUUCCCACUGCCACCAAGAACUGAGCAGUAGACGAGCCGAACUGUGAAGAGACCGUUUUCCAUUAAACUAUUAAAUUAUGCAAGCCAUACCUGACCCUACCUGUGCUGACAUGACCGGCUUACUAGCAGGGCUGAUAGUGUGACUAAACUGAGCUGGUUGCGUCACCACUCUCUGACUGCUCGAAAUGCUCGAAGACAAGAAAGAACUGGAAUUAUUCAUUAUUAGCCGUAUCGCACGUCCGCAUGUAUGGAUGCAUUUUCAAUUCAAUCCAUGCAUUCUCAACCGGAAAAUUUCCAGCCUACUACUUGACAAAGUACAAAAGAAAGGCUAAAUGGAACGGAUUCAUAGUGCAAAUGCAAGCUAAUGCUAAUUCCAUCAGUGUUUGAUGCUAACAUAACACUGCGAUUCUCACAGGCAUACAAGUGGAAACCGGCACAUAGUAAAUCGUGAUGUAUGGAUACAGUGCUGUCUGGUUCCUGUAUGCCAGUGGAAAAGCACCAGUAGGCUCAUUUGGCAAUGAUGUAUCACUGGUAAAUCAAAGUGCAUUUUUUUCCUAAAACUACCUCACAGAGCAUGAUAUGACAUGUUACAUUUAUCAUAUCCCAUGCUUUUGAUAUAGAUGUGAGGGGAAAUGUUAGCUUUGUUUUUAUUGAAUUGGAAAUGCGUAACAGCCAUUUUCUCCAGAGUACAGAUGCAACUGUUGUGUGAUGGGAAUGGCUUCGAUAAUGGGAGAGGAUUUUUUUUUUUAGUCAUGGAAAAGACACCAUGUAACGUUAAGUUGAUCAAAGUUUAACUCGAAUCACUGGUUUUGAUGAUGAAUUACUCACAGUAUGGUUAAAGAAUUGCUCGAAUAUCAAUCUCCCCGACAUCCCCUGGAUUUAUUUUCCUCUGUUGUGCAUGAAUACUAUGUGAAUACAUUUAUAAUAAAUUUAUUCAAGAAUAAAGUAA